AGCUCAUGAACACUGAUGACUUAAAAGCAGAUGAAGUUGUGGAGAUGUGGCCAUCACUUGUUAAACUCAUUCUGAAGCAUCAAUACACAGAAAGCCUGGCAUUGUCCGUUCUGACAGAAUUUAUAGAUGUGGUGUACAGGCUGGCUCUGACUGCCCUCUCAGUCUGCUUGACCUUCAUCUGAUCAUAGUCAACCACUCAAGUGUCUGCCCGUGCUCUUUGAUGAGGAAGGAGAAUCAGUCAAAGAUAAUUUGGUCAGCCUCCUGGUCAAGAUUGUCCAGCUGUGUCCAGGUUGUUGUCAGACAUCCAACGUUGCUGUCAUCCUGGGAGCCUAUCAAGCAACUCUCAGUCACACAGAUCAGAAGUUGUUGAAGAUGCUGAUGUUGUAUGAGAAAUCUGGUGUGGAUCUUGCAGCAUUCAAGCCAUUUCUUUGGGGCUCUAAAGCUCGGCAGUAUUACUCCAUGAAGACUAAGGGGAGAUCACUCACAAGUCACGUGAGCCCUGGUCAGGUGCUGGAGCUGUUGGACAGAGACAGAAUGGCUAGGUCUGUCCAUCAUUUCCCACUGAGGAGAACGUUACAGACAGACAGUGUGGAAGAGGCGAGUGACCUGAAAACAGAGGUGGACUGCUAUGACCCAUGCUUCCUCCUCACAGUGCUCAUUCAGAUUCUGGGACCAGAAAACAUUGUUGAUUGUCAUCAGUUUGUUGAGAGCCGUUGCCUUGGAUACCUGUUCGCUUCCCUGAGUUGUCACGAUGAGGCAGUUCGCAGCAUGGGCUACCUGGCUCUCAGUCUCUUCCAUCAGCAUGUGGAGGGCUCCAAGUUUACAGGCAAACACCAGGUCUUGUAUCUGAUGAAGACAUUCCGGAACAGCGUGAAGGAACCUAACAUGAAGUUAGCAUGUGUGGUCAUGCACUUCCUAGACAAGGCUCUGGUCACCCUGUGUAAGCCAGAGAGUCACAUGUUCAUGGAAGUCAACGCCUUCCUCCUCCUCAAACCUGACAUGAAUUUCCUCGAUGUCCCAGAGUUCUACAAACUGUUUAACAGUUCUAGCUUUGAGUACAAGCAGGAGAGGGGAUGGAUGUUGGAACUUUUGACUACAGGCCUGCGAGAGACAUCAGACUACAGAAUCUACCAGCGCAGAUUUGUUUUCAAACUGCUCAUCACAUUCUAUCAGUCUGUUCUCAGUGAUAACUGGUGCAAGGUUCAGAUUUUGAAAAUUUUGCAAACUGCAUGUCGAGAAAAGACAGUUGCGUCUGAUUUGGUGAGGAAAGAAGGAUUCUUAACAUCAUUGGCUGGCAUGGUGGAAAAUAGUUGUGGGUUUCCUGACAGAAUCCCUCUGUUAAUCUCUGUGGUUGACGCUUUAUGGACAGCAGUGACAAGCAAAAGGAAACGCCCUCUAGGGGAUUGUGACCCUCUUAGACAAGGAGUACUCAUGCUUCUAAGACAGAUUAUUGGCCAGUUUGAUGAUACCACCCCUGUGGAGAGCGCCACUCGCUGUCUGUCCACACUGCUGUCUGUGUUAGGGGAGGGGGAAGACACUGGUUCAAGUCCUGUCACUACGCUGGACAUGGCACGAUUAGUGUCUUACUACUCCACCAUUAUGAAAGAUGAGGCUGCAGCAAAGAGAAUUUUCAUUGCCAUGGAAAUGUCAGGGUUCACAAUGUGUUCCACGAAAACCUCAAAACUGACGAAAGGUAAACUGCAAGCCGCAGAGGUUUCGCAGACAGAUGUUGGGAAGGAUGGUAUGUCAGAAUUGCACAGCGUUCUCCUGAGAGUGACAGUUAGAUGGCUGCCGUCCUGUGAGCCAGAGCCCUUGGAGGACAGACAUUGGCUAGAAACCAUCUCCACCAUUUGUGUGACAGCUCUUAAGAUAUUCCUCAACAAACAGAAGAAAAAUAACGAAGUGAAAAUGUUACUGCAGUGGGUGAAGAGCUGGAUUCACAGUGGGGAAGACAUGUUGAAGUGUUUGGCAAGGGAGAUAAGUGAGACUGGUAGGAAAGGCGAAGGUCACUCAGCCCUUACUUUAUUGCUGGACGUUUAUACCAUGUUGUAUGAAGCCUGGGAAGAGCACACAGGGACUGUGGGUGAGGACUGGAGGCCUCGGGAGAUAAGUGACGAUAGGGAGACUGUGAGACUGCUGAACUGUGUGCUCAUCAAUGUGGCUCAGUCUCUACCCCCAGAGUACACGGGUAAAACAGCUCGCUUUAACCCAGACCAGCCGGCUGACAGGGAUGCAAAAGAAGACAGUGCAGAUCUGAGAAAGUUCUUUUGGGAGCUGAGUGUGAAAACUUCAAGCGUUUAGUGGUAGGGAAUAUUCCAGGACUGAAAACAGAUAACAGAAUCUUACAGUUAAAAUGUCAAAAGGUCUUUUUGACUGGAUUUUAAUUCAGUUUUCUGAAGUUCUUUUUUUGUACAGCAAAGUUGAACAUGCAUUGUUGGCUGAGAGUGGAUAGUUGGAACUAGUGCAUUAUUCUCUUCACAGUCAAAAGUAUACAGUAGCAAAGUAUAAUUAUCCAAAAAUAUACUUUCCAAGAAAGAUAUCUAUAGAAAUAUUGCUCCUGCUUGGAACUGUAUCAUGUAACUCUGAUUUCUGAUAUAAGAAUCAAAGGACUUUUCUAUUGUCAAAUAAACAUUGGUUUAUAUUUCCUUGUUAAUUCACCUGCUACAGACAGACUGUGUGUUUCUUGUGUCCGUGAUGAUAUCACUCAUUGACACAUGAAAUCGGUACUCGCAGAAUGUGGACUUUGGUAACAAGGUAUGGUACAUGCUGUAUGGACACAAGGAACAAGGUACAGUACUGUCUGAAUGUGGACAUUAGGAACAAGGUAUUUGCUGAUGGUGGACAUUGGUAACAAAGUACAUAAUCCUUACAAUGCAUGCAUCACUCUCUAUCUUUCGCUUUACAUCACUGGCGCCACUAGACAAGCUUGACGUUUGGAGCCUGUGAGACGCACGUUCUUGUUUAGGAUUUGCCUCAUCACUGAUGUACUCCUGCGGAACUUUUAGCCAGCGUUCAUCAAUAAAAUUGUAUGUGUAUAAAGUAUUGUUUAUACGCAUGGAGACAAAGGUUGACGGAUUGUUUGUGUUUUCUGACAUCACCUUCUGCCUCAUCACUGUGACCCCAGUGACCUUGGCGCUGUUCAAGAUUUCUGUACAAAAUUUGCUAUUGGUGGCAGUGAUGUAAAGUGAAAGGUUGAGAGCCA